CAACCUCAUCAAACUUUUUAAGGUUGAUGAGGUUGAUGAUUCACCACAGAUAGCAACCUGAUGCAGCUGAAUUGCAGUGAAGCAAUGGUGUUCACUUCGUAUCUCUUCUUCUCUCUUCUUCUCUUCUGCUUCCUUAUCAUCACUCCCUCUUCACUCUCACAACCAAACAACAACCAGUUCUGUGAAGCUGGAAUUGGACACACUGAAUCUUCAUGCGGAACUGGAACCCCAUCAUCAUCCAAGUUGCUGAUCAAGGGUGGCACCGUCGUCAAUGCUCAUCACCAACACGUUGCUGAUGUUUACAUCGAAGAUGGCAUCAUCGUUGCUGUUAAUCCAACCAUCAACGUUGGAGAUGAAAUCAAAGUGAUCGAUGCCACCGGGAAGUUCAUCAUGCCCGGGGGCAUUGAUCCUCAUACCCACCUGGAGUUUGAGUUUAUGAAUACUGUGACAGUAGAUGACUUCUUCAGUGGUCAAGCUGCAGCAUUAGCUGGCGGGACAACUAUGCACAUUGACUUCGUUAUACCGCUUAAUGGGAGUUUAACGGCUGGGUUUGAAGCGUAUGAAAAGAAGGCGAAGAAGGCUUGCAUGGAUUAUGGGUUCCAUAUGGCUGUCACCAAGUGGGAUGAAACUGUUUCGAGAGAAAUGGAAAUCAUGGUCAAGGAGAAAGGUAUCAACUCCUUUAAGUUUUUCAUGGCAUACAAAGGAGCUCUCAUGAUCAAUGAUGAGCUUCUUCUGGAAGCAUUUAAAAAAUGCAAGUCCCUUGGCGCCUUAGCCAUGGUCCAUGCAGAAAAUGGAGAUGCUGUGUAUGAAGGUCAAAAUAGAAUGAUUGAGCUUGGAAUAACAGGUCCUGAGGGGCAUGCUCUUUCAAGGCCUGCAGUGUUGGAAGGAGAGGCAACUGCCCGUGCUAUUCGCUUAGCAGAUUUUGUAAACACUCCUUUGUAUGUGGUUCAUGUAAUGAGCAUUGAUGCAAUGGAAGAAAUUGCAAAGGCCCGCAAAUCAGGACAACGGGUAAUUGGAGAGCCUGUUGCCUCUGGGUUAGCCCUUGAUGAAUCUUGGCUUUGGCAUCCUGACUUUGAGACUGCAGCAAGGUAUGUCAUGAGUCCCCCUAUUAGAAAACGAGGACAUGAUAAGGCCCUUCAAGCAGCCCUAUCAACAGGAGUUUUGCAGCUGGUAGGAACUGAUCAUUGUGCCUUUAAUUCCACCCAGAAAGCUUUUGGAAUUGAUGACUUCCGGAAAAUUCCUAAUGGUGUCAAUGGCAUUGAAGAAAGGAUGCAUAUAGUAUGGGAUAUCAUGGUGGAUUCUGGCCAGAUAUCUGUCACUGACUAUGUCCGGGUGACCAGCACCGAAUGUGCUAAAGUCUUCAAUAUAUAUCCAAAGAAAGGAGCUAUUCUUCCAGGAUCUGAUGCAGACAUUAUCAUCCUCAAUCCAAAUUCAAGCUUUGAGAUAACUGUGAAGUCACACCACUCCAGGCUGGACACAAACGUCUAUGAGGGAAGAAGGGGAAAGGGCAAAGUUGAAGUGACUAUAGCAGGAGGAAGAAUUGUUUGGGAAAACAAUGAACUGAAGGUUGCUCCUGGUACUGGAAAAUACAUAAAAACGCCUCCUUUUAAUUAUCUAUUUGAUGGACUGGACAAGAAAGAUGCCAGUUAUCUGAAUUCCCUUCAAGCCCCAGUAAAGCGAGCCAAAUCCACCAUUUAAAAGUUUCCUGUAUCUUUUAUUAGGAAAAUUUCAACAUAUUACUAAGAAAAAAAAAACAAUAAAGACCAGUUGUCUAUUUAAAUAAAAAAAAUGUAUAUUCAUAUGCUGGUAAGCAUUGUAUGUAUAUAUUAUAAUAGAUAUAUUUCAUGUUUCCUUUUCCACUGAUGUAAAGUACAUUGCUAGACUGUGUACUGUCUACAACAAUUGGAGAAAAAGAGACCAUGGCUAUAAUAAGAUGCUGUACAAUACAAUAAUGCAUUCAGAUUAUGAAAGCUGCUGGUCAGGUUCCUGUUGAA